UAUCAAAAGAAUACAGCAACAAAUCAACGGCCCAUUCAAACAGCCCGCAAGGCUAUAUAUUGGGACGGUGUGCGCCCUCGACUUGCAUCAACCAUCGCUCCAAUCCCGCCCACGCAAGAAACAACCAUAUAAUCCUUCCGUCUACAUCAGCAUCUAAGUUCCCGACCACCACCACCACCAUGACAUCCGCAACGGCAGACACGACCGCCCAGCUGCAGUACAUGCACCAGGGCGGCCCCUUCAAGAUCGUGCACGUGCCCAAGCCCACACUGGCUCCCGGCGAGGUGCUGAUCCAGCAGCGCGUCAUCGCCUUCAACCUCAUCGACGUGAAGCAGCGCGACCUGGGCCUCCUCAUCCCGAGCUGGCCGCACGUGCUGGGCAUCGAGGGCGGCGGCGUCAUCGAAGCUGUGGGCGCCGACGUGCACGACCUGCAGCCCGGCGACGAGGUCGCGGGUGUGCAGGGGGGUGGCGCCCACGAGGUCCCCUGGGGCGGCGCGUUCCAGGAGCGCGUCGCGGUGCCAGCGUCCCUGGUGGCCAAGAAGCCCGCGAACAUCAGCCUUGCCGAGGCUACUUCGCUGCCCGUCGGCUUCGUCACCGCCGUCUGUGGCAUCGUCCACAGCCUCCAGAUCCCGCUGCCCUUCCUGCACGGCACGUCGACCGCGGGGCAGCCGCCCGCCUCGAUUCUGGUCCUGGGCGGCAGCUCCGCCACGGGCGCCGCGGCGAUCCAGCUCCUGCGGAAAGCGUACCCAGCGCUGCCGAUUCUGGCGACGAGUUCGCUGAAGCACCGCGCGCGACUGCACGACCUCGGCGCGACGCAUGUCGUUGAUUAUAAGGCGCCCUCCGUCGUGGCUAAUCUCAAGGCCGCGUCGCCGGGAGCUGCUGGCGUCGACGUGAUUCUCGACUGCGUGUCCGCCGGCGCCAGCCAGACCGAUAUCUGCGAUGUGUUCGACGCCGCCGGCUCGAAGAAGUACGCGGCCGUCAUCACCAGCAUACCGGUGCCAGUGCCGGAUGGAGUCGUCAAGCUCGACGUCCGCGGGUGGUCCAUUACCGAGAUGCAGGGUGGCAUGCAGCUCAUCCCGUCGCUCACCAAGCUGGUAGAGGACGGCACGUACAGGGUGCCGCUGCCGGUUAGGGUGGUGGGGCAUGGAUUGGAACAGCUGCCCGAUGUCUUAGAUGAGGUGAAGACUGUUAGUGGAGAGAAGGUGGUUGUGACGCUGUGAUGUGGUUUGUGUAGGGUAAGAAUGCGGGAUCUACCUAGGUAGUCUGUGAAGAGAAGGUAGUCUGCGAAGAAAAGGUAGCAGAACAAUGUUUUAGAAGCAUUCCAGGCUUACAAAUGGUCUCGUCAGCAGUCUCUAAGUUGUGGCAAGGAAAGUAAUUCACAGUCUCACGGUCAUUACAUCUUGUUUCUUUGAUACACAUGGGCAUGAGGUAGCUCAAGCAGUUAAGCAGGCUGGCACUUGACAGGCUUCACAUCCCCGCAUCAUGACUAUCGACUAUCGAGAGAAUGAAAAGGUGCAGGACGAAGAUUGAAGUCGGCCCCA